AUGUCGUUUGCAUCUCAACCUCAGACCAACAUCACUGCUGGACUGCAGUAUCAGGGGUUACUGGAAAGAUUGAUGCUGUCCACUCUGACAACAUUACCAUGCUGUGUGUUUCUCUUCAUUAAUGGGUUCAUGUUGUUCACCUUGAGGAGCAAAUUAGUGUUUCGUGAGACAUCCCGUUUCAUUCUUCUGUUUAACCUUCUUUGUGCGGACACUAUGCAGAUGGCACUGAGCCAGAUAAUGUACCUACUGUCUAUUUGUAGAAUAAGGCUGACAUAUCCUGUAUGUGGAUUUCUCGUCAAUGUCCUCACUCUAACAAACAAAAUCUCCCCUCUCACGCUGGUGGUGAUGUCUCUGGAGAGGUAUGUGGCUGUGUGCUUCCCACUGAGGCACACUACCAUCAUCACCAUGAGAAACACAGCGGUGGCUAUCUUUGUGGUUUGGUUUUUCAGUUCACUUAAUAUCCUCACACGAGUUAUUCUAAUGUUGGAUUUUCCAUUUGAAGACCUGGAGAGCCUGCAGAUGAAAGACUUUUGUGGUGCACUUGUAAUUUUUCUUGGGCCAAUGUCUGAACAUUAUGAUAAUGCCUUCACUUAUUUUCUCUUUGGAUCAGCUAGUGUUGUAAUCACUUCCACCUAUAUUGCUGUGAUGAUAGCAGCCAGGUCGGCCUCCACAGACAAAGCUUCAGCCCAAAAGGCUCGUAACACGCUGCUGCUGCAUCUGGUGCAGCUGGGCCUCAGUCUCUCCUCAACUUUGCACAACUUGCUCCUUGUAACCUUCUCAAAAUUUUUGACAAGGAUAGAAUUUGUGCGCAUCCUGUAUGUUUUUUAUGUAUUUUUUAUUAUUCUCCCCAAGUGUCUGAGUUCUCUCAUCUAUGGACUCAGAGACCAGACCAUCCGAUACGCCCUCCUGUACCACUUAUGUUGUCGACUGACAUCACAGCAAAGGCUGAAGUGUCACCCUAAGACACUUUGUUAA